AUGGUGGAAUUUGGAGAGAUUCUGAAACUCAUCGGAGACUUUGGUUUAUUUCAGAAGCUGAUCACUUUCGGGUUAGCUCUGCCACACUUCUUAAUGCCAGUUUUGUUCUGUAGCGUCAUUUUUAUUGAGUCGGAUCCAGAGCGACACUGUAACACAGAUUGGAUCCUCAGCGCUGGUCCCAACCUGACCACAGAGGAGCAGCUGAACCUGACUCUGCCCCGGGAGGAGGAUGGCAGCUUCGGCAGGUGUCGGAUGUUCGUCCCGGUCAACUGGGACAUCGAUGCCAUCAGGGGAUAUGGACUCAAUGAGACCACCAGGUGCCUGAAUGGAUGGGUGUAUGGAAACAUGCUGUAUGAGAACACCAUAGUCACUGAUUUUGAUCUCGUCUGUGACAGAUCGAACAUGGCUGAAGUCGUGCAGACAGUCUUCAUGGCAGGUUUGCUCGUCGGCUCACUCGUGUUUGGACCUGUGGCUGAAUCGUACGGCCGCAAAAGAACCACACAGUUACCCGCCGCCCUCCUGGCCGUGUUCGUCCUGGUUGUUGGUGUGUCUCCAAACCUCUACAUUUACUUAGUGGCACAAUUUGUAGUUGCAGCUGCACUUGGAGGAUACAGGAUGAACUCCACUGUGUUAGCCACAGAGUGGAUCGGCGUCUCUAAAAGGUCCAUUGCCAGCUGUCUGAACCAGAUGUUUGCAGGUCUGGGGCAGUGUCUCCUUGCUGGUCUGGUCUAUGGUGUUCGCGACUGGAGAAAAGCUCAAUAUAUCCUUGCAGGAGCUCAGGCCUUUGUGUUCUUGUAUAUGUGGUGGAUUCCUGAAUCUGCAAGGUGGCUGCUGGGACAGGGAAGAACUGAAGAAGCUAAAACGUUGAUAUAUAAAGUUGCAGCAAUCAAUAAAAAGGAAAUCCCAGAGAAUCUGAUGAACGAGGUAAAAGGGGAACAAAAAGUCCAAAGAGAAGGAAUCAGAGCAAUUUUCAAGUCUGCCGUCCUGGUGAAAUAUUUAUUCAUUUUAUCUUUUGCCUGGUGUUGUCUGAAUCUUGGCUACUUCUGCCUUGUUCUGAAUGUGGGUAAGUUUGGUCUGAGCAUCUUCCUGGUUCAGUUCCUGUUUGGGAUCUCUGAGGUACCGGCACAUCUCCUCUGUAUCGUGUUUCUGGAGAUCUUCGGGAGAAAAAAGUCGCUGAUAUCCACCCUUCUGACAGGCGGUUUUGUUUGCCUCUUAACCCUGGCUUUCCCUCAAGACAGUGCUGUUGUUAUCACAGCACUUGUAACCACAGGGAAGUUCUUUCUGAACUGGGGGGGUUCAGUGUCUAUGGUCUACAUUCAGGAGUUGUUUCCCACUCCUGUCAGGCAAACAGCCGUGGGCCUGGGCUCUAUAGCUUUUAGAGCAGCAGCGCUUCUGUCUCCGCCGCUCAACAUGUUGGCCAUGUACCACUGGUCCAUACCCAUCGUCGUCUUCAGCAGCCUGACAGUGUUGAGCGGAGCUCUCGUCUGCCUGCUUCCUGAGACCAACAAAAAAGAGCUUCCUGAUGCCACUAGUGAGGUCAACGGGUAA